AUGGAGAGAAGACGCCCUUCUUGCAGCGACUCACUAUCUCGCAGCGAAGCUCAGAUACGCUUAUGCCCCGAGAAAUUCGAUGAAUCGUCGACCGACGAUGGUCAGAAGCUACCACCAGUCGACGGAGGAUUCCACGCGUGGAUGUUUCUGGCGGCUUGUACAAUGCUCGAGGCUUUGAUAUGGGGAUUUGCCUUUGCAUUCGGAGUCUUCCAGAAAUACUACCACGACCAUGAAGCCUUCCAGGAUUCUGGAAUGGUAGCUGUUAUCGGAACAUGUGCUACAGGAAUAUCUUAUUUGAGCUGUCCAUUGAUCAUUGUUGCCAUGAUCCUCCUUCCUCAAUGGGGACGCUGGUUUUCAUCAAUAGGACUCAUCAUGAUGUGUCUUUCCCUGGCAUUGGGCUCAUUUUCCACGAAUAUCACUCACCUCGUCCUCUCGCAAGGAGUGGGCUUCGGAAUUGGUGGCUGUAUAGCAUACAGUCCCUCAAUCAUGUACAUGGACGAGUGGUUUGUCCACAGACGAGGACUAGCGUUCGGAAUAACCUGGGCAGGAUCAGGGGUAUCUGGGAUAAUCUUCCCGAUUGGUCUAGAGAAGCUAUUGAACCGUUUCGGAUUCGAAACUACGCUUAGGGUCAUUUCCGUGGUGGUAUUCGUUCUCGCUGCGCCGUUCAUAUACUUUCACAGACCCCGCCUCCCUGUUAGAAAAACAGUCGACUACCAACGCCUCAACUUCCGCUUCCUUACAACCAGGAUAUUUUGCUUCUACCAACUCGGCAACAUUAUAGAAGCCCUCGGGUUCUUCUUGCCCGGAAUUUACCUACCAACCUACGCGCGCAGCAUCGGUGCAUCGGAUUUUCUCUCCUCGUUGACGGUCACGCUUUUGAAUCUGGCGUCGGUUUUUGGGAGUGUUACUAUGGGCCAUCUAGCGGAUCGAUACCAUGCUAUCACCUGCAUUACCAUCUCGACUGUCGGUAGUACACUUGCUGUGUUUUUCCUGUGGGGAUUUUCAACAAGUUUGCCCACGUUGUUCGUCUUUUCGAUCGCAUACGGGUUAUUUGCAGGGUGUUACUCAGCGACGUGGUCGGGAAUAACGCAUGAGGUCCGACGAGUCGAUCCAUCUGCUGAUGCAACUAUCAUCUUCGGUGUCAUUGCCUUUGGGCGCGGAAUUGGAAAUGUUGUGAGCGGUCCUUUAAGCGAGGCUAUACUUGGUGUAGACUCGUGGAAGGGCUCUGCAGCGGCGGGAUAUGGUAGUGGAUAUGGGCUCAUCAUCUUGUGCUACUUCACAAAUUGA